UGUGAACAUCUGCCUAAUCUACAUUAUACCAACCAUCUGAACUAAUACAAAGACAACGGAAUAAAAUUUCUGCUUCUUCCGUUACCAUGUCUCUGACUGGAUCGCAUUGGUUGACAAUUCCAUCUUCCAAGUGGAAUGCACAUACUGCCCAUGAAACUCGAUCAGUCACAGCUGAAAUCGCACACAACGAGAAACAGUUAAAAGUGUAUAAAAAAGAAGUUUCAGAGGAUAAUGAAGCGGCAGAAAAUGAACAACUUCAGAUUACAACACUGGAGAAAGAACAAACAUCUCUGGUGGAGAAACAUGAACGAAAAAUCCAGCUAUUCGAAGAACUGGAGGCUGAAGUUGCACACGUUACCGAAAAGUUGAUCUUGUUUGAAGAUGAUCUCAUGAAACAAAAGAAGUUUAUCGAGAGAUUAAAGAAGGUGGGCAAAGAGAAAAUGAAAGAAGUCGACGAUCUUAAGACGCAAAUUGUCGACUACAAAGCAAAAUGCAGCGAAGAACUUCAUUCCAAGAAGACUCAUAAAGAAAAAAUAAUUAACUCACUCAAGAGUCUUGAUAUACCUGUCGACGAUUUGGACACCCCUUCUUGCCCUAUGUUUUGAAUAGUUAUGCAUUUAUUUAUAGGUAUCUUUAGAAUGUUACCAUAUUUCAUUUAUAUUGGCAUUUUUAUUAUAUACACAGAUUAUCAAUAUUUUAUUAAUGGCAAUUGGUAGGCAUAAUGACCCAUUGAAUGGGAUAUUUUAAAUAAAUGGCAAAACCGACAUCUAUAAUAAUGUGUGUUCCUCUUAUUUGAACCCUGGUUGAGGGAUUGCUAUAAAAUCGUUAUUGAUGGCUUGCCAGUGGGUUUGACUUUACAAUCUUAGAAGCAGCAAAAAGCACUAUUAAUAUUACAGAAAAUCAAUGUGUUUCAAUUAUUCUUAAUACAGUGUAUGACAGUUUGGGAAGUACAUGUACAUAGAAAACUACGCCCCCAGUGUUUGAGGUUGUUAUUUUGAAACCAGUCAAAAUGUACGAAUCAAGGGCUGUACAUCUACCAAGUUGUAGAAGGACGUUGAUACAUUUCAACCAACAUCUUUAUUAUUAUUAUUAUUAUUAUUAUUAUUAUUAUUAUUAUUAUUAUUAUUAUUAUUAUUAUUAUUAUUAUUAUUAUUGUUGUUGUU